GUAGGAAGGGGAGGCUAUAGUCGGGCUGACGUCGCUCCGUACGCUUCAGUCGUUCGUGGAUCUCGAAGGACGAUAGAGGUCGAAGAGGACACUUCCUCCUCUCCUGGCCUCGCGAAAUCUUUUGGCACGCUCUUUCUCGAGCCUUCUCUCGGUUUUCUUCUUCUUCUUUUCCUUCUUCUUCUUCUUCUUCUUCUUCUUUCAUCACCGCUCUACUCCCGCAAGACCGCAGUGACGAGGGUCUCAGCAAUAGGAUAAUCGCCAGAGCGAUUCCAGAAGGAAUUCGUCGCCCGUGCGAACAUACCGUUUUGUGAAGUCAGAUUGGCAACGUCGUGAUAGUAUCGGAAGAAUGCGUCGUCAGCUUUCACUCAUCCUCGGGAUUGUCCUGUUGGGCUGUCUUCAAGAUUACGUGUCCAGUGCAUGUCCCAGGAUAUGUCCGCCUAGUGGCGAACCCGUUUGCGGUAGCGACGGUGUCAUAUACGCGUCGCAGUGUGAAAUGCGGAAGAAGAUGUGCGGAAAGGGCAUUACCGUGGCCACGGAGAAGACGGCUUGCCUGAGGUCAUCCGGUAGCAAGUGCGAGCAUCGUUGUCCGGGCGAUCAAGAUCCGGUAUGCGGCACUGAUGGGCGUACCUAUCAGAACAAGUGUAUGCUCAGGGUAGAAAUCUGCCGAGUCGGAAUCGAGCUGUCUCAUCUUGGGCCCUGCAAUAAUAUUUCGGCUCACAGGGAGAACUGUCCAGUCUCGUGCGAUUACGCGCCGCUCGACGGACCGGUUUGCGGAAGCGAUGGAAACGUUUACAAGUCUACGUGUCAGAUGAAGCUGCUCACUUGCGGCCAAGGCGUCGUGCGUACAAAUAAGAAGCACUGUCAGACCACAAGACAUUGUCGUGAAUCGUGCUGGCGUGGUGCCAAGCCUGCCUGCGGUAGCGACGGCAUUUUGUACUCGAACACCUGCAAAAUGCGGGCGAAAAAUUGCGGCAAGCACGUCUUUGAAGUACCGAUGUCGUUCUGCGUAUCUCGAGAACGGACAUCCGGAAGCAACGCGUGUCCCUUGGAUUGCAAAAAUGAGCAGGAAGUAUCGGUUUGCGGAUCGGACGGAAAUAUAUACAGAAACGAGUGCGAGAUGCAAAUGCUAAACUGCGGGCAUGCAAGAAGAAAAGUAACGGUAGUAGACUUUGAGAAGUGUCGAUCCCGGCUAACGAAAUGCAUGAAGCAACAGCAGAGAUGCGGAAGCGAAGUAGAUCCGGUUUGCGGUAGUGAUGCAAAUACCUAUCCAAAUCAGUGCCAUUUGAACGUAGCGAUUUGCUUAAAGGGCAUUCAAUCAGCUCAUGUUGGCGAGUGCACGACCUUGAAAGAGAUCGAACACUGCCCUGAAGACUGUUCUGAAGUACCCGAGGAACCAGUUUGUGGAAGCGACGGCAACGUUUAUCGAUCUCUAUGCUAUCUACAACGUGAGACUUGCGGCCAGAGGGUAGUUCAAGUUCCGGCGCAACACUGUCGCACUACCGCCCUUUGCAACCAGAUUUGCAGUGGAGAGCGUCAGUUUGUUUGCGGUUCCGAUAACAAGCUUUAUCGAAAUGAAUGCGAGAUGAAAAGAGAUAAUUGCGGGAAACACGUAUAUGUGGUACCUAUGAAGAGGUGUGUCCAAGGUUUUCUGUUUCGUGGCUGUCAGAAGAUCUGUCCACCUUAUUACGACCCGGUUUGCGGCACCGAUGGUAUGACGUACAGCAAUGAGUGCUUCCUGGAGAUUGAAAACUGCCGCAGCAGGAGUCUUGUUACGAAAAAAUAUCAUGGAGUGUGCGGGCAGCCGACGGAAGAGCCAAAAAAUUAUCUCUAUUAAACUCGACUGAGCUGGUACUAGAAAGAGAGAGAGAAAGAGAAAGAGAAGAGAGAAAUUGAUCGACAAGAUAAUUUGACUUGUAUCUCUCAGAUUUAAAAAGUGACCAUUACCGUACACAUUGAUUUGUCACGAGUCUUGUAGUAUUUAAGUUUGCUCAGCUCAUAUUAACCAACUGCAAAUUCGAUGAACUCCAUUCGAGUACGAGCAUAACGUUCAUGACUUCUGACGGACAGGCGCGACGUGAUAAAAUAUCAUUCACGUGAAUUUCGGAUAUUUGAUUGCCCCCUUGACGAUCCGAAAUGCGCUGAAUUUUUAUGGGGAAAAACGCGCUCGAGAGAAAUGAGCAUCUUGCCAGUCGCAGUCCGGAUUGUUAUCGUUACUGCUAUUUCUACGAUAAUAUAUAGUACCGCGAUUGCCGAUCCCUUUUCAGACAGCCGCGCGUUUGUAAAUUCUAAUUAAUGUAGCGGAAUUAUAAUUCGCAAACCGUUAUUAUACACUGACGAACAAUAUCAUCUAUAGGUUAUUUUAAGGAAUUAUCUUUUUUUUUCUUUUUUUUUUUGUAAUCGGGAAAGGGUCGCCAGUCGCGUAUCGAUGUAGUCGUACGUUCUUCGUUUGACGGUAUAGACUCAUUAUUAUUUAUUAUAGCAUUAAUUAUUGCAAACGAUGCGAUUCCAUUUUUUUACAGAUAUGCCCGUCGUUCUAAUUAUGGCUAUUAAUACGUCAACGCGACAUUGUCAGAGCGUAUUCUUAUUUUAGAGUUUAAUAUUAUGCUAUUACAUCUCCUUCCCGACAUGUGAUGUGUGUUCGUUUAUUAUUAUUAUAAUUAUUAUCAUUAUAAUCUUAAUUUAUUAUCGAGUAUGUGCAAGAAUCCUUUUGUAUCGACACUAACACUGUA